AUGAAUUCGAUGCCCGUGAACCUUUUGGAUUUAAGUCCAGGAGAAUUUAAAAAGUUUUUAGAUUCAUUCGACCAUGUGUUUUCGGAUUGUGAUGGAGUCGUUUGGACCACAAAAGCUUUACCUCGUGUUGGCGAAUUCUUUAACCUGAUGAAAAAACACGGCAAGACAGUACAUUUCGUAUCAAACAAUAGUGUUCGGUCACGACAAAAUUAUGAAGACAAAUUCAAGGAAGCUAAAAUUGAAAAUGGAUAUCAAUCCCUCACAACACCACCUUUUGCGAUAGCUGGGUACUUAAAAGCGUUAAACUUCAAAAAGAAAGUAUACGCCGUGGCGUGUGAUGUGACUGUUAAGAUAUUGAAGUCACAUGGCAUUAAAACUAAAACAGGGCCUGUUUUAGGCGCAGACAUUUUUGACGACUACGUUCAAUACUUAGAAGACGACCCAGAAAUAGGCGCAGUUGUGUGCGACUGUGAUUUCAAAGCGAAUUUGGCUAAAAUUCAUAAGGCCGUCACUUAUCUGAGGAGGCCUGAGGUACUUUUCCUGUGCGGGGCCACAGAUCGACGUAUACAUUUUGGGCAAGGACGUUCUGCUUUAGGUUGUGCCAUUUUCACUAACGUCGUGUCAGAAGACUCGAAUCGUAGUCCCAUAGUAUUGUCAAAGCCCAGUAAAUUAUUUGGAGAAUUUGCGAUGAAGAGAGCAGGCGUCACAGAUCCCAGCAGAGUACUGUUCAUUGGAGAUAUGAUCGAACAAGAUAUAAAGUUGGGCAAAAACACAGGAUUUAAGACGCUGAUGCUCCUCACGAAUAUACCAAAAGAGACAAUGCUAGCACAUAAAACUACCAGACCUGAUUUCUACGCAGAUUCGUUAGCGAGUAUAGUGCCUCUACUAUAG